UUCGAUUUGGCUGAUCUGAUUAUUUUUAAUGCAUUUUGACAGUUCUUGAUCCCAGUAGGGCGCCGCUCCUGUGCGCGUUCUCGCGCGGGCUCUUUCUUCGUCGUGAACGCGUCUUAUUCCAUGGCAACGAAACGGGAGUCUGUGUAGCACCGGAAGUGGAGGGAAAUUCGAAAGAAAAAAAAUACCGUUAUGAUUUGUAAACAAAUAUUUUUUGUUUUAGAGUUUUGGCAUGAUUGUAACAUUCUGCCAGAGAUGGAAAUCAUAAAGUAAUAGUCAGAAAGUAUAUUUGGCUUGUUUUAGCGCUUGGCUUCUAUCAUAGGGUUCUAUCUCAGGUCGCUAGCUAGUGUGCUAACAAACAUGGAAUGUUAUUUUUUCGGUCAGUAGCUGGUUAUUAUAGAUACAUUUUCAUAUUUUUGUUUCUUAUCUUAUUAUUGCGGUGAUAGACCAGAUUUUCCGACCGUUAUCUAGGAAUUAUCUAGGCGUUUAGCCAGCUGGUUGCAAUAUGUCCUCAUUUUAAACAUGAACUGCGGCGUAAAAGGCAGAAAAUGCAGAACCUCUGAAGUCUCUCAGAUCAGACGCCGAACAUGGAUGUGAAGCUCGAGGUGCUGCUGUCGUCCUGCAUCAAGAGGAGAAAACCAUGGCCGAGGUUUUGUUGGCUGGGAAAGGAGAAGGAAGGAGUCUUUCUUUUGGAUGACAAUCGUAUAAGCGAAAUCGAUUUACGCUCAGGACAGACCAAGAAGAAGAUCCCAAAACUGCAUCAGCUGCUACCAAAAGUGCUGACGAUGUCCAGCUCUCAAAACGGUUUAUGGCUGGUUGGUAUAUUAUUCUCUGGAGAGGUGUUUCUGUGGGACAGAGACAAAGAUUCCUUAAAGACGGUCACACCGGUGCCUGCAGUGUAUGAGCUGGUCUCUGCUGGUAAAGGCACAUCAAUCUCCCAGCGUCUUUCUUUGCUGGUCUCAGGGGACGGACGAAGGGUACUCCUGGUCUCUGUCACAGGAGCGGUUUUCCUGUGGGAAUGCCUGGUGCCUCAGGAUCUAAUCAGCUUUCGGGAUAACACCGUCAAGGGAUGCUGGAGUCAGAUAACAGCAUCAGAAAAUUCACAGCUUCCCUCAACGAAAGACAAAGAGGCAUGUCUUCACUGCAUGUUUGUCCAGAGCCAGGCUGUAGGUGAUGUGUGCCUGAGUGCUUUUGUCUUCACUGCUGGAGAGCAGCUGAUUGUCACUUUCCUGAAGAUUCAGUGGGAAGAGAUUUGGAAAAACAGUUUGAAACAAUACAGCACCCAUUGGGUCACUAAGUCCUACCCCCUAGGCCAUCUUGUACCUCCGUGUCAGCCGGUGAAGUCAAGAGGAGCGCUAGUGCCGGCAUUCUCACCCGAUGGACGACUGUUAGCAAUAAUCCUUAACCAGAAAGAUCCAAGGGCAACUCAAGCAUUAUUCAUAAGCGUGCAGAACUUUGUGACUGUAUCGAGCUCACUUGGAGGAUGUGGCAGUAAAAAGCUUGCGAUCCCACCCAAAUACAUAAGGUCGUACUGGGUGAGCUGUUUGAAUUGGACACCAGAAAGUCUCUAUCUGGCCUGUAUACUAAAGAGAGGCUCUAUCCUGAUGCUGUCCCGUUUAGGAGGGCUGGUCUCUCUCUCAACAAGCGGGUGCGACAUUGAGUUCGGUCCUGCACAUUUCCUGCCUCUUCAUCCGCUAGUCACUUACAGACCUCCAGUGCCUUCGCAGCCACCUGAUGAUGCUUUGUCCAGCUCUAGUGUGUCUCUUCGUGACCCGAUGAGACAGCGGUACUCUGUGACCUGGCACCCGAGGCUGCCAUGUCUUAUUGUGUCUGAUGGUUACAUGGUGACAGCGCUGAAUAUGUCCAGACGGCCUGCUUCUUCCUCGCUGAUGAGCAGCUUCCUGCUGGAGGCGACUCAGGCACUGGAGAGAGCACGCAAAGUUCUCCACUCAGAGCUGCCCCAGGGGACAUCUAGACUGGAGUCCAUGUCCACUCUGAAAUUCACCACUAGUCUUUUGGCACCAAAAGAAAAAGAGACACCCCAAUCGAUGCUGCCUCAAUUUUUCCGAAGUGGAGGAUCCACAGGAGGCUCAAGGCUGAUGAUGGAGCGGAUUGAGGAUGAUGAUGACUCAGACGAGGGUCAUUAUGCCGGCUCGGUUAUGGAGGACAGGGGCAGGUUAGAAUUCGCCUCAAUGUAUGACACACUUCAUGCACAGUCCCCGGCUGAUUCGGAAAAUUCAGACCAAGAUUCCUCAGCUCUCUUAGAAGACCUGAGCAGGGCACAGCGGAGUUUGCUAAUUGCCUGGGCUCUUGGUGUUUCGCUUGGUGAUACUAUGGAUCAGAGAGAGCGCAUGCUGAAAUACACCAUUUCCUGCGCUGUUCGUUUGGCUCGCCUUCUCCGGAUUGCUGAUCCAUUGAUACAACCUUACAAACAAGAUAGGGUGUUUGAAUUUCUCAGGUCUCUGCUCUCCUUUCUGCCAUGGGAUUCCUCCCAUAAAAGUGGCAACAGCUGCUUCGGAGUCGUUCUCGAUCUCGCUCGACAUUUUGUUCGUCUUUUUCUCCCUUCAUCCCUAAACGCUGUUUGCUCCUCUCAGAAUUUCAUGGCAGCUCUUUUUGUCCUCCGGAAUGCUUCAAAGAUUCUGGACCAGACCUACAGUCUAUCUCAAAAAGCAGUGCAGCAAGCGAAAGAUGAUCUUUGUCCUUCAGACCUCUUCUCCAUCCCACUGUUACAAGAGGAUGCUGCGAGCUUUCCGAUAUCUGUGUUUAACAGACCAUCAAAUAGAUUGGUGGCAAUAUGGCGAGAGAUCUACAAGCAGGCCUUGCAGUACCUCAUUGAGUUACAAAGUAGAAGUAGUUUAGCAAAUCAAAAAAGGGAACUAGAGAAUAUGUCGACGGUCAUUUCUCAAAUCCAAGAGUCACUACAGAGAGCUGGAGAUCAGCUGGAGGACAAUCCUGCCCUGUACAGAAUAACAGGAGAGGAGCAUUUCAUUUCUGGUGAGUACAGCGAGUGCAUCCAGGUUUGGCGAGAUCAGCUGUGGGAAGAGAGAACAAGAGCUGGACCGAGGACAGUUUUCCUGGAGACGCGCUACUGUCUGGCUCUUCUGUUUAGCCAGCUGUUUCAUUACAGGCUAAGGGAAGCUCAGGCUUUGUGUGACACCAUGGCCAAUCAGCUACUGACUUUAGAAGAUACUGUGGCGACUCCAGUUGAUGAGGCUCGGUUUGAGUUGUACCUCCCGCAACGGGUGAAUAGCGAGGCUGCCUGUGCUGUGGUCCAGUCUCUCGGCAGGUUCAUGGCAUCCUACUUCACCAACCAGCCGCUAGCCAUUUUCCCACCACACAACGUGGACAUCUUGCCUCCUCUACAUCUGCCACAGUCGACAGGGAGACGCAAAGUGGCUCUCUGUCAGCAGCAGGUGGCAGCCGCCGUGAGGUCACAGCACCUCUCGGGAGUAUGGACAGUGGAGUAUGCUCUGGAGCUCCUCCUUCUAGGGGGGCUGAUUCCUGAGGCAGCAUGGUUGGCUCACAGUUUGGGGGAUUGGAAGAUGGCUGCCUCUCUUGGUCUGGCUUAUACCACCUUCUGCAGACUUCACUGUGAUUUUUGCAGGUUAAGAUGGAGAGAGUUGCACCUUCCUGCAGAGCUGCAGCCUGGCUUUAUUUUUCAGACUCAGCUAGAGUCAUUAUUGGACUGCAGAGUUUUAUCUGACAGACAAGACAAGACCUUCACAAGCCUUCCAGAUAUCGUGGAGCUUGGGGACAUGGAGCUGCUCCAUGUGUCUGCACAGGAGAUCCUGAAGGCUUCAGUCAUGGCGGAUGUUGAUGUUUUGUCCCGGCCUCUCAACAAGCUGCUGGAAUCAGCCAAGGAGCAUGCCUCUUUAUUAACUGCUUUGGUUCCUCCUGCAUUCUACCUCCCUGCACCUCCUUUGUACUGCCCACAACCUGCUCCUAACACACAGGACACCAUUGGUGACAUUUUGUUGGCUUUGGAGAGGGAAUCGCGUUGCAGUGUAGCUGCAGUGUUACAGCGAAUACUGCUUCUCUUUAGAGCUUCUCACUGCACCCAUCCGGCAGUGCAGUGGUACAUUAGCAGUCUAAAUCGAUGCCGUAAACUCUUUCGCAAGGUCAGGAAGGGACACACGCAGCCUAACGAUGACCUUCCAGAAGGUUUGAAGAAGUUUACUAAUCGCCAUGGGUUUUUCCGUGUGGGUUCCAAAGACAUGGAUAGUGUCAUCAUACAAACUAUAGCAUGCUUUCGGGAAUUAUGUGGGCUGUGCUGGAUGCUCCAUGUUCGUGAUCAUCUCACAGUCUCCUGUAGAAAGUACCAAGCUGCAAGGAACAAGAUGAAAGACUCUCAGGUUACAGAUAACAGCGCACGUGACUUGUGCGAGGAGGUCUUGCGCUGGGUUUGCCGCCUAAUGCCUUUCUCUCGCUUUCUAAAUGCUGAAGAGACUUUGCAGGACUUGGUGCUUAGCCUUGUGGCUGAACUUCCUGCUAUUCCACUGGUGGCAGAGACAUUAGUCGUUGUGUUUCCCGAUGAGGAGGAAUCAGUCCGAGUGCCUCUAAGAGAGAAGUACACCUCACUGCUGCAGAGAUUAAGAUCCAGGGAUGUACAGGCUUCCACUUCAACACAAGUCACACAGGCUAGUGAAAUGCAUGAGGAAGAGGAGGAAGUGACGUUGAUUCUGCUGAUCCAGAAGCAGCGGAGGCAACGGGUUCGAGAGGGGCGCCGUCUGGCUAAGAGCAAGAUCCUACUAGAGCGGCAUGUCUGGGAGGUGGAGGAAGAGGAGGAAAAGGCAGGAGCCAGUGCCAUAUCUGAUCGGUUGUCUCAGUGCACUAACUUGAGUAACAGCACACUCACAGACUCUGAGUGCCCCCCAGUGGUCAGUGAGGCUGAUACAAUAUCAGAGCCUCAUUCACCAGAGCUGCAGAAUAGGCCUCAUAAAAGUUUUAUUUUCAGCUCUGUGGCACCCAAACCUCAGAACACAUCAAAAGAUGAACAAAAAAGCGGAACACAGCAAAAACAUAAAAGUUUCACAUCACCCUGUGUAGGGACAUGGGCGUUUGAACUUGAGGAUGAGGAGUAUCCAUGCUUUUUAGAGCUUUUUUUAAGCUAUAUGUUGGAGAAAGACAGUCUGGACGCUGAGGAAUCUGAGCUUCCAUUGCUGUGUAGCUUCUCAUCAUGUCUGCAUGACCGAGAGCUUCACUCUGACGCUUUUGAUGUGCUGACGGCGCUCAAAAGACGGCAGGCUGGCCGGAAAAAGGGUGCACAGCUUCCCGUGUUUCAUGCUGGCAGCUGCUUUCGCACGCUUCCUGAGUCUCCCGAGCCGUUGCCCACUAUUGGCCCUUCUCCUUCUUUCCACAGUGAAACUCGCACACCUUACACCAGCACAGGUGCUCUGCCUCUUUCUGGAAAACAGCCAGGCUUGUUUAGCCUUCGACGACAGAAUAAGAUGCCCCUCAGUCAGAACAUGAUCACCACACAAUCGGGUCCUAUUCCAAACUUUGUCCCAGGCAUCCCUCAAAUGGAGCACUGUUCCUUUAAGAUAAUCUCCUGUCCUGAUGUGGAUCUUCAGCUGGAACUGGACUCCAAAUUAGAGACCCAGUUUCCCCAGCUGGCCAGGCUGCUGGAAUGGAUGCUGCGCUGGGCAGACAGAAGUGUCUUGCUCCCUCAUUUCAGCAGGAAAAAGACAAGGAGUGCUAGUGAGCCAGUGGUGAUUAGGGCUAAAACCUCAGCUCCUGCAGUGCUCUCUGCUCUGAGGCUGCUGAAGCAGAGAUACACCAAAGCCCUAAUGAGGACUGACCAUCACUGUGCUCAAAUUAGGGUCCCAGAGAGAGAACCUCAAGCCACUGUGGCUCCGGUCUUGCCACUGGAGUUAGGCUGGAAGCGUGAAAGAGAAAGCAGCGUGGAUACUGGCUAUCCUUCUGCCUCUGCAGGAACUCCCAUUACCCUGCCUGACCUGGACCCCCAGCAUGAACACACUUCUGAGGUGUGUGAGGUUGAUGAGCUUCAGGAUGAGCAAAAUCUUUCGUACAUAUAUAGGCACGAGGACAUGACCUCUGACCUGGAUAUAAAAGAAGAGAGUGUUAGAAGAGUGAAUGAACCACUUGCCAUGGCUGACUUGGAUGGUGACAGUCGUGUUGUGGAGAUCCUGGAAGAGACCUCAGUUGGGCCAAAUAUUUCACUACAUUUAAGAGCCAAAAGCAAAACACCCAGACCCAUAGACCAGCCUUUAACACUGGCAGAUUUGGAAUAUUCCACGACCCCUGAUGACUCCACAGAAUCUCUCUCAGAGGAUGUUGACAAAUUGAAUAUUGAACCUGCAGAACCAGGAAAAGAUCCAAGAAAUAGUCCUGCAAUCAACACUCCGGAACCUGAGCCUGUUCAGCAGAAAAAGCCACACCUCCCCUUUGUGUUAAAUCCUCCAACUGAACCAGGGACUGUUAACCCUCCUCAAAGUGUCCAGAAUGGAGAAAACAUUCAUUGUGACCCAGUCAGACAGCUGCUCCAGGAUGAGCUUUUCCGAUUAGUUCAGUUGCAGCAGAUCAACUUCAUGAGUCUUAUGCAAGUGGUGGGAGCCUCAUUUGCCAACCUGCCCCUCACUCACACCAAUUCGCUGCUUUCACAGUUCAGUGUUCCUUCAUCGGCGCCUGCACAACCACAAACUCAAGCCACUGUUGCUCAGUCCUCAGAUACUCUCCCUCCUGACACCCAAAACACAAGAUUAGAGAAUAACCCAAGAACUGAUUUGGAACUACAGAGCAGGAAACCCAGAGCUGUUGAUCUCAAGAAGGUGGAAACAAAUCUUGGAAUGAAUAUUAUUAUAGAAAACAGUAGACUCGCCCCUCAGGAACUGCAACAGCUGACGAUUAAUACUGAGAAAAAACAGGAAGAAAGAACUUAUUUCAUUCCUUCCUCUGAAGGACUUCUUACCACAGUGGACAAUCAAGCCUCAGUGCCAGCAGCCCAGCAGAAUCGACCACUUGAUAAGACUGUUCCGAUUAUACAGGGUCUCAAACUUCUCCAUUUGCACCCUUCUCAUUCUCCUCCUGCCCCUGUGAGAGAAGCCUGGGCUCCCAUUCAGCACAAGUCUACCACGUACAGGAGAUCAGAAAGUCAGAAGAAGAAUGCUGAGCCAACGGCACAAGUUCCACAACGAAAUUUAAAUCAAUACCGAUUACAAGGUCAACCUUACGGUCAAGCUUCAUCAGACAGAGGAAGAAGAAGAGAAAGAGAAGCAGUUCAUCGCCAUCCAGCUUUUAAAGUGUCAGGGUCCAAUAUGGGACUCCCUCUUCUGCGUUUACCCCCCGACACCCAGAUUCAACCCAUCCAACUGCCCCAGAUCCCUUUGUCUGCCCCGAUGAGGCCGCACACAGCAGCAACUGUAUCCAAUGUCAGUUUUCCCAAACCACAGUUACUCCAUGUUGAGCCUGACUCAUCCCGUACUGGUUUGAGAUACAGUGCACCUCCUCGGCCCAAUCCUCGCCUAAUCCCCCUGGAGGAGCUGAUGGCCUGGGCAGCAGGAACAAAACAGGAAGUGAGCUCUAAGCUCCAACUCCUCAAGGCAGACACAGUGAUCCAAAAGAAACUCAUAGCCACUCCCUCCAGCAAGAGGGUUAAAAGGAGAGAAGAUAGAAAGAAAAAGGAAACAAUUGUGUCUUUCCGACCAGACGAGUCUAUAAUCCCUCUAUCUCAGGAGCCUGAAGAAGACAAAUCUACUCAUGAUGGUGGCUAUGCCAUUCCUUUAGGUUGUUUCGAGUCAAUGUUGACUGGUCAAAGGCUGUUGUCUGAAGCUCAUGCAACAUCAGCAGAGCUUCAUGCUUUUGCAGUCAUGCACAAGCGGCCUCCCGAAAUCCAGGACGCUUGCACCAACACAGAACCUGCCUCACCUUGCAUCACAAUUGAUAAAGCUGUUUCAGCUAUACUUCCUGUAUCUCCUGCUUCUUCAUCCACAUGUGCUGGACAUGUGGACAAUAAUGUUGCUUCCACUGCUCCUCCUGAGGUGUUCCUGGACCAUCAGUCCUAUGGGAAAAUGGCUUCAGAGCAGCCAGAGAACUCAGGCCACACAGAGCCAAAAGCCCAUAGGAGUGCUCAAGGCCAGGAGCCCAUCAGUGUGAUUGAUUUGGAGGAUGGCUCUCAUUUACAGGACCUGACUUCUUCCCAGACCUCUGUCACAAGCCAAUCCGGUCCUCCUCCUACAUCUGCUCAGCUUCAUCAUCUCGCAGCUUCUGUGAUCAACCCAACCCAGACCAAUGCCGAGCACGGACCAGAAGAGUACACUGCUGAAUUACCAGGUUAUUCAGUAACGUUCACUCCUCCUGCACUUGUGCUCUCAGUGCCAGAACCUAGCAGAGAUCCAGUCACAGUAAAGAUGCUGACUGAAUUCCGAGCUCAACAGGAGGCCGUGCCAGCGGGCUUCUUGGUAGACCGCACGUUUACUCGCAGCCAAGUCUCAGCUCGUCUUUCUGAGAUGGACGCUCGAUUGGCAGCUCUCCAGAGCAUCGCUGACCACAUGGACAGAGAAUUUGCCGACACCAGGCUGUUGGUAAAUACCAUAGAUGCUUUAACACCUGUUGUGAUGGCCAGUGUGGAAGAGGAACCUUAUUCCUGCAUGCUGGGAGUUCCGAAGAAAGCAAAGAGACCUUCAGUCCGUGUGAACAUGAACAGGGCGGAAGAAGAGCAGGAUCAGGGACGUUUUUUGUCUUCCACACCGAACAGUAUUGUUCCUCCAAGUCAGAGGGGGUGCUUUUCUCUCUACCCAGCCUCACCAUCCAUACAGAACAUACUCCAUCAAGGCCACACCCCUCCUGCAGUGAAAUCGGAGCGGCCUCUCGGGGAUGUGAGCCAAGAAUUGACUGGAUCACUGAUGGAGAAUUCAGACCUGCUGGAUAAAAGCAUAUUGGGUCUGAGUGGACUAAGUGAUGUCGCAGACAUCUUAGGAGAUUUGGUUAAAGAAGGUGCGCUCUCACCCUCAGCACUCCAUCGCUCUCCCUCAGUGCCCAGGACGAGAAGCAAACCAGAGGAGCAGCGAAUGAUAGCCAUGGUGGAGGAGGAGGAAAGAAAGGAGCUGAGAACCUGGAUGAGGAGGAAGAAGCGAGAGAGACUUGACAAGUACCAUAAACAGAGGGAGGAGAAGAGAGAGAGGGAGAGAAUUCCCUUCACUUCUCCAAAUCCAUUGAAAGUGUCCUCUAGAGACCUGGCAAUCAACAGGAAAGUUAAACACGAAAGAGACAAGGCAGUUCUGCUAGAACAUCACUCCCAGAGAGCACAUGAGGCCUGCCAGCUUCUUACAGACAUGCUUACUACCCCACUCGUCCUCCCUGCUCCUUGCAACAGCACCACUGAACCCAAGACCCAACACUCCCAGCCUGGGAGUCGGAUGCAGUUUAAAGGGCCUCUUAGGAAAAGCCCUAAGAGCCAAAGGGGACGAGCGCGCUCUGCUGCGACGCUCGGGAAGACUGUGGUGCUGCAGAAGAGAGGUUCAUCUGCUCCACCCGGGACCCUAAGCAGCAAAUUUGGACUCCAUAGAGCUGUGAGCACACUUCCUGGUGACCGGCUGUCCCAGGUCACACGGCGAGGCAUGCUUUCAGACCUGAGAGGUAGACCAGAAGUGAAGACAACCAUCCAACGCAACAAAACUGGGUUAAAUAAAUCCCCAAUGACGCCUAAGCCUGUAAAACCACCGGACAUGUCACACAAGUUCGAGGACAGAGAAGAAAGGGACGUGGUGAGUCCGUGGGACGUCCCUCAUGAAAUCCGCUCAAUUCUCGGGCUUAACUGCAGAGCCACAGAACAGGGCUCGGCCGAGAACAACGACGACUGGCUGGACGCCCUUUCCAUAAGCACCAGCAGCAUUUUGAGUAAGAUGGACUGGGCGGCCAUUGAGAGGCUUGCGGCUGAAGAAGAUGUUGGACUUGAUUUAAAUUAAAGCAGAAAAAGUUGAAAAGCAAGAACAUGUACACUUUGAGGAGUUUACAGCUGCCACGCACAUAUCUCAGUGUCAUUGUGUGUUUUUAUUCAGGGAUAUAUAAGGGGAUAUUUGAUCAAAUGCUGGAUAUUAUUAAUGUUACAUUCUAAAGGUACACCUGCAGGGGAAAUAAACUGAUUUUUAUAAAGAACAUAUUUCAUGUUAUAUUAUAUUAUAUUUUUUACUCUAUUCAUUAUUAUGGGGUUUAAAUAUGGUAUGGUACGUAGGUAAAAAUCCAACAGAAAAGAUGCAGAAUGAUCAGGAUGCUGUAAACAAAUUGUAAAUUGUUUGAUAUAUAUAUUUAAUUAAAUGUUUAUUUUCAAA